AUGGGGCGCUCCAAGCGCCGGAUUAUGACGUUAGCGGCGGCGCGGGCUCGGUGGUCUCGCGCGACCGCGGACGCGGUUUCCCGGUCUUGUAACAGCAGCAACGGCAGAGCCAGGCGGGGGAGGUCAAGAUGGUGGCUCCGCGGGCGAGGGAGGCGGUGGAAGGAGGAGGAAUCAGGCCAUAGCCAGCCGGAAAUACCAAAACCCAGAGGCAGUCCGGGAGCCGCCGUCUCAGCCGCCGCCGCCUGCUCCUGCUCCUGCUCGGGAGACGCGAGCGGGCGGCGGGCGGCGGGGCGGGCCGCGAGAGAGACAGGAGGGGGCGGAGUCGCCCUCCUUAGCGCCCGCCCUCGGCCGCCGUCCGUGGCCCUGCCCCAAGCGGCCCUGCCCGGCCCGCCCCGCCCAGCCCCGGUGUGGCAGCGGCUCAUGGCGGCGGUGGGGCCCCCGCGGCAGCAGGUGCGGAUGGCCCAGCAGCAGGUCUGGGCGGCGCUCGAAGUGGCGCUCCGGGUGCCCUGCCUGUAUAUCAUCGACGCCAUCUUCAACUCUUACUACGACUCCAGCCAAAGCGGCCUCUGCAUCGGGCUCCAGAUCUUCUUUCGUCUCCUGGGUAUAUUUGCAUCCAGUAUUGUUUUGAUCUUGUCUCAGCGAUCACUUUUCAAGUUUUACAUAUACAGCUCAGCCUUUCUGUUAGCUGCAACUUCAGUGUUGGUAAAUUACUAUGCUUCUCUGCACAUUGACUUCUAUGGUGCCUACAACACCUCAGCUUUUGGAAUUGAGCUGCUUCCUCGAAAAGGGCCCUCACUGUGGAUGGCACUCACCGUUCUACAGCUGACAUUUGGAAUUGGAUAUAUUACACUACUCCAAAUUCAUUCCAUCUAUUCACAAUUAAUUAUUUUGGAUCUCUUGGUUCCUAUAAUAGGUCUAAUCACAGAGCUACCAUUACAUAUCCGAGAGACUUUAGUUUUUAUUUCUUCCUUGAUUCUUACACUAAAUACAAUACUUGUCUUAGCAGUGAAACUUAAGUGGUUUUAUUAUUCCACACGAUAUGUCUACCUUUUAGUGAGGCACAUGUAUCGAAUUUAUGGAUUACAGUUAUUAAUGGAAGACACAUGGAAGAGGAUUCGUUUUCCAGAUAUACUUCGAGUCUUUUGGCUGACCAGAAUUACAGCUCAGGCUACAGUGUUAAUGUACAUUUUAAGAGUGGCGAAUGAAACGGAUUCCUUCUUUAUUUCUUGGGAUGAUUUCUGGGACCUUAUUUGCAACCUUAUAAUUAGUGGGUGUGAUUCUACACUAACUGUACUGGGCAUGAGUGCUGUCAUUUCCUCAGUAGCCCAUUAUUUGGGCCUUGGAAUACUGGCCUUUAUUGGAUCAACCGAAGAAGACGACAAACGGCUUGGCUUUGUAGCACCUGUUUUAUUUUUUAUUCUGGCUCUUCAGACUGGCUUAAGUGGGCUGAGACCAGAAGAGAGACUUAUUCGCUUAAGUAGGAACAUGUGCCUUUUAUUGACAGCAGUCCUGCAUUUCAUCCAUGGGAUGACAGACCCUGUGCUGAUGUCUCUCAGUGCCUCUCAUGUGUCAUCUUUCCGUAGGCAUUUUCCUGUGCUCUUUGUUUCUGCUUGUCUGUUUAUUCUUCCUGUUUUACUCAGUUAUGUUCUUUGGCAUCACUAUGCACUAAAUACAUGGUUGUUUGCAGUUACAGCCUUUUGUGUGGAACUCUGCUUAAAAGUAAUUGUUUCUCUUACUGUUUAUACAUUAUUCAUGAUUGAUGGAUACUAUAAUGUUCUCUGGGAAAAGCUUGAUGAUUAUGUCUACUAUGUUCGUUCAACAGGCAAUAUUAUUGAGUUUAUAUUUGGAGUAGUAAUGUUUGGAAAUGGGGCUUAUACUAUGAUGUUUGAGUCAGGAAGUAAAAUUCGGGCCUGUAUGAUGUGUCUACAUGCAUAUUUCAACAUCUACUUGCAAGCAAAAAAUGGCUGGAAGACAUUUAUGAACCGUAGGACUGCGGUUAAGAAAAUUAAUUCACUUCCUGAAAUAAAAGGUAGCCGCUUACAAGAAAUAGAUGAUGUGUGUGCAAUAUGCUAUCAUGAGUUUACAACAGCUGCUCGAAUCACACCAUGCAAUCAUUAUUUUCAUGCACUUUGCCUUCGAAAAUGGCUGUACAUUCAAGAUACUUGUCCAAUGUGCCACCAGAAAGUGUACAUUGAAGAUGAUAUCAAGGAUAAUUCAAAUAUAUCUAACAACAAUGGAUUUAUUGCACCUAAUGAUCCAGAGGAAGAAGACAUACAAGAAGACGCUGCUGCUGAAGAAUCUGAUAGGGAACUGAAUGAAGAUGACAGUACAGACUAUGACGAUGACAUUCAAAGAGAAAGAAAUGGAGUGCUUCAGCACACAGGUGCAGCAGCUGAAGAAUUUAUUAAUGACGAUACUGACUGAUUAAAAUAGCAUUUACUAAUCAUUGAGGUAUCUGUUUAAAACUCAGUUCAUCCAAAAUGGAGUAAUAUGCUUCACUUGAGUGUGUAACCAAGCACAAAAACAGUAUCCAUGUUGAAUCUGUGAAUGGUUUUCCGUUUACUGUGAUGUGCUACUGUAAAUAUACCUCUUUAAUUACUUCUGGUCUCUUUGGUGACCUAUUUAAAUUUGUGUACAUUAUUGUACAUAGAAUAAAAUGUUUUCACAUUUUUAUGACAAAA